AUUCCUGCAAACUGAAACAGGGAGGCGGCGCGAGUUUUUGAAGUGCUGGUUGUAUUUACACGCCUGCAAUACAUCUCCCAACCACCAGAAGUGGAGGAGACAACAACAUCAAGCGGCUGAGAGCAGAAAGCAGCAGGAGACUCCCAAAACAGCACCACAGGGAGAAAAAACCAUGCCCGAUAAAACGAAAAGGGAUUUUGUUGCAUCGUAUGGCUCAGGCUCCUGGAACACCUACAGCCUGGAGGAAUAUAGUGGACCAGAUUUCAUAACUGCCGGCACCAUCGCCAGGGCCAUGAGGGUGUUUGAGCGACAGUUCAAGAUGAAUAUGGACGUGGUGUCUGGCUCACAGCUGCUCUUCUGGACCCUUGUCCUGGAGGAGCGCCGUGACACCCCUGCCACUCGGUCACGGGCCAGGUUACGUAGGAAAAUUCUAACACAAACUUUCAGAUUUGCCAUCAGCAGUGAUGAUAAUCUGUUGUUUUGCAACAAAAUUAUCUCGGCAAACAUGCAGAGACAACUUUCCAGAGCCCUCUCUUGUAAUGGACUGAAAAUUAUGAAACUGAGAGGCAGUGACCCAGUCAACCUUUUGAUGAUGUACAAGCAGUCAAAAAGACAGUCACCAAAUGUUUUGAAAUUAAUGCAUGAGGAGCACAUGUACAGCUUGUUAGAGAAAGUUCAGCACCAUGGGCUCAUGAAUGGUGAAGACCUUACACAGGAGAUAACAGAAGCAGAAAGCAGCAAAGUAUUUCAGAGCAUGGGAAGCCAAAGUGAUACAAUACCCUGUCUGAGGAGAGUUGACAUCUCCAUAAGAAACAUGCCUCCUCAAGAUGCUUCAUCAUUACCAAACUUUCGCUGGACUUAUAUUGAAGCUGAGGUAUUUGCCCCAUCUGUCUUCCACUUGUACAGAGAGGCUGGGAUGUUGAAAAUUAUAGAUAAUGCUCCUGAGUGGUUGAAAAAGAUAAGAAUCAGUGGUAAGACAGAAGCUGAAGCAAGAUUUGUAUGAAUGAAGACUGAGCUUUAAGAAGUGCAUGAAAAAAAUCUCAUUAUUCACUUAAAAAAGGCCGUAAUACUUUUCCCUUAAAUUUUAUAUCCCCAGUUUUUAUAUCUCAAUAUUUUUAAGAUAAGUUUUUAUGUGAAUGUCACUGAAAAUAGACUUGCUGGAAAGGAAGUGCUUGAGGACAUUAAACUGUGUGAAAUAUUUUGGUAGAGGGAUAAAAUAAUAUGAUAAUUGUGCAGAAACAGACUACUACAGUAUGUUGUCAAGAGCAGAAUUAGGAGUGGUCAUACAAUCUUGUCAUUGCUUAUAUUGAGAACAGUUGUGAUAGUCAUUAUUUCACUUACAUAAAAUCCUGUACUUUCCAUGCAAGAAGUAUACAUUGUGUCAUAUGCAGAGAAAACUUCUUGAACUCCUUUCACCUUCUGCCAACUCUCACUUUAGAGUUAGCUGUUCCUGUGCUUUCAAGUUAUAUAAGUUAUCAGUACUGUAUGUACUGCACAUAAAACAGCUUAUAUCUCCCACCACACCACUAUGCCUUUUGUGCAUUCUCUCGCCAUGUACAUACAUACAUACACAUGAUAGCAUUACCAUUCAUGCUACAUACAACAAGUGUCCAAAUAUCAUUCCCAGCAAUGAGUUUUCCUGUACAGUCAGCAUGAAAGUAUAGGACACUACUGGCUCCUGCAGCCACAGGGAACUGCAAACAGUGAACAAUAAAUAUGCAUAGUGGGCUGUCUGAUAUGUAAGUCAUCUAUAGUCUUGAGCUCUCAGAGCAUUCCCCUUUCCAAAAAUAUGUAACAAAAUCCUGUAUAAAUUUACUUUAGAGAAGAUUUUUUUUUUUUUAUGUAUACAAAAUACAUUUUUAUGGUAUAAUUUUUACAUAUAGAUGUAGAAGUUACCAUCUGUGUGUGGUGUUGACAAAGGGAAGUGGCAUUAGCAUUUUAUUUUGUUUGUGUUUGUACAUAUAUUGAUAUUUAGUAUGAGAGUCUUCUAUUUUAAUAUAUAAGUAUUGAUUAGAGUUUUUAGUUCCAUAACAAGGAAAGUUCAUGAAUUUUAUCUUGAAGUAGUUGCAUUGUUAAAACUAAAAUGGUGAUAACAUUUUCUCCCACCAAUGGUUUAGAGUGCUUGCAUAACAUGCCUGUGACAGAUCUUGCUCAAGAGAGGACAAGAACAUUCCACUCAUUUCCUGAACAGUUAUAGUUUAUCACCGUUGCAGGAAUGAAAUGACUACAAGUUUCUGUUAUUAUUUGAAAACUCACUCCUUGCAUAAUAUAAGACUGAAUGUUCUUACAGUGUAUGUAACAUUCUCAUCUUCUCUUACCAAAGUCAGGCUGAUGGAGAUAAAGCUGUUUUAGAGCCGCCUGGUACAUGAGUGUGUCCUUUAUUUUGUAUUGCUACAUGUCUGUGUAGUGUUCUAUCCAGAUUUGCAAGUUGUACAACUAAGUCUUAAAGAUUUACUGGCCAUAUAACAUUCAUAUAUAUAUAUAUAUAUAUAUAUAUAUAUAUAUAUAUAUAUAUAUAUAUAUAUAUAUAUAUAUAUAUAUAUAUAUAUAUAUAUAUAUAUAUAUAUAUAUAUAUAUAUAAUCAGAUUUGUUUUUGUUCCAUAACAAUUAAAACAAAGAGGUCAGUUAUCCUUAGAUAACAAAGCUAAAAAUGUAUUUUUUACCUAACUUUGAACACAUAGCAGUGACCUUGUGAUGACAGCCCUGGCCAAAGACAUUCUUUGGCCCUUGCCCUCCCAUAUCCUCUCUCUCUCUCUCUCUCUCUCUCUCUCUCUCUCUCUCUCUGGUAGCAGCUCAAAGUCUGUACAGUUUCAAUAAUUUAUUCUUUGCACACCACAAAAAAAAAUUAAUUCCAUUUCUGACACACCUUCCCAGCACUGUACAAAAAUAAUAUGAAAUAUUGAAAUCUGCAGGAGUGUUUUCAUAAUGGAUACUUUAUGUGUAGUAGGUCAACUGUUCAAAUGACUUCUUUCAUAUUGUUGACGUUAAUCCAGUUUAUAUCUAACACAGGAGACCUUGAAUUUGACAUUACAUAUUAUAGUAAUGAAAUACUACAUUUUAAUUUGUAUAAUAAAAUAUAAAAUAAAA